AUGUUUCUCACCGUCUUUCUCUUGCUCGCAGGCCUGGUGGUUAUUGUUACUGCUGGGCUUGUUUAUCUGUUCACUCCACCAAGAGACUUCCCCAAAGACAUCCCCACAAUACCAUUCUACUACACCCUGCUCCCGCUAAUCCAGAACAACGACCAAGUCGACCUCUACCGGAAAUAUCUCGAACAGCCACUCACCGAAUACGGUGCAGUAAAGCUUUUCUUCGGUGGCCGCUGGAACAUCCUCGUCCGCAAGCCAGAGUACAUUGCCGAAGUCUUCAAGCACGAAGACAUCUACGCAAAGAGCGGCAACCAGAAGAAGAUCCCUCAUGGCGUGCUGGCGGAGUAUACUGGUGAUAACAUCAUCAGCGCACAUGGGGAGAAUUGGAGGCUCUAUACUUCUAUUAUAAAGCCAGGCCUUCAACAGGACUACGACCCAGCGCAGAUCUGGAAGAAUUCCCGCCUGCUUGUUGACCUUUUCCUGGAGCAGCAGGCAUCUGGGGGGUCUGUCGUUGUCAACGCGCUUCUCCAACGAUACACUCUGGCGAAUCUGUCAGAGGUGCUUCUCGGGUCUAGUUUCGAGACACUGCAAAAACCGAAUGCACCCCUCCAUGCCUUCCAGCUCCGAAUCAAGCCCAAGAUCUUCGAUCCCAUCUUCCUGAAUUUCCCAUUCCUCGACCACCUAAACCUCUCCACCCGUCAAGAGGCACGAAAACUGGUAGCUGAAUUCACCGACGAACUCUGCAACACCGUCCAAAAAGGCCACACAGACUGCCACAGCCACGAGAAGGCCGUCCCCAAGAACCUAGGCUGCCGACUUCUACGCGCACACGAAACAGGCAUGCUAACAGAGCGACAACUGCGACACAACAUGAUCAGCACAUUCCUCGCAGGCCACGAAAACCCCCAGCUUCUGCUCAUUUCAGCCUUAUUUCUCCUCGCCGAUCACAGGGGUAUCCAAGAAAGACUCCGCGCUGAAGUCACCUCCCUGGAUAGCAGCGAUCCAACACCGCAAACCCUAGCAUCUCUGCCCCUCCUCAACGCCGUAAUCUACGAAGUCCUCCGCCUCUACCCACCAAUCUCACAACUAAUAAACCGGCAAACAAAAUCCCACACCCUAUUAGGCGGGAAAAUCCCCGUCCCAGCAGGGACAUAUCUCGGCUACAACGCCUACUCCACAAACCGGGACAUUGAGUUCUGGGGAGCGACCGCGGACGAAUUCAGACCUGGGCGCUGGGGGUCGAAUAUGGAUGAGAUUAAUGCGCUGUUCCGGCGCGCGAAUGCAAAGGGCGCGUUUAUUAGUUUCCAUGGUGGGCGGAGGGCUUGUCUCGGGCAGAAGUUUGCGAUGCUUGAGGCGAGGGUUGCGUUGGUUGCACUAUUAACGAGGGUACGGUGGGAGUUGGAUCCGGAGUGGCCCAGGAUGAUGACGCCGGCUGGGCCUCUGUAUGCCCGAAACCUGCGGCUGAGAUUCUAUGAUGUCAAGACAGGAUGA